GGAGACAGAUGUUUGUUGUGCAGGCUCCGCGCGAGACUCAUCAGUGCUGACAGGACACCUGCUCAGCUGAGACAACAUCUGCAGAUCCUGCAGGAGGAAACAGACUUUUUAUUUUUGCUUUGUUGUUUUGAGGAGGAAAACAAUGAAGCUUGAAGUUUUCUCGACGCACCACUUUGCGCAGAAGCCGGUGGAGUUGUGCCUGGAAGCGGACGGGGGAGUUCCCUCUCCCCUGUCCGGGGACGAGCUGGGCUCUGACGGGGACUGCAUGGCCAACAGCCCGGCACCUGUCGCGCAGAGCGGCGAGGGCGGCAAGGCGAAGCCGUACACGCGCAGACCCAAGCCCCCCUACUCCUACAUCGCCCUGAUCGCCAUGGCCAUCCGGGAGUCCGGCAGCGGCCGCCUCACGCUGGCGGAGAUCAACGACUUCCUGAUGAAGAAGUUCCCGUUCUUCCGCGGCAGCUACACGGGCUGGAGGAACUCCGUGCGCCACAACCUGUCCCUCAACGACUGCUUCCUCAAGGUCCUGCGGGACCCGUCCCGGCCCUGGGGCAAGGACAACUACUGGAUGCUGAACCCGCACAGCGAGUACACCUUCGCGGACGGGGUCUUCCGCCGCCGGAGGAAGCGCAUCGCCAAGAGGACCCCCAAGGAGGAGCGGGGAAGCCCGGACAUCCUGAGCGAGGACGCGCGCCUGUCCGCGCCGGAGGUCAAGUUCUCCAGCUCCUUCGCCAUCGACAGCAUCCUCAGCACCCCGUUCCGGCGGAGGGAGGACAGGGAGCCCGCGGAGAGCCCCGGACCCCGGGUCUACUGGUCCCCGGGGGCGCACGUGCUGCCCUACGCUCUGAACUACCCGCUGCAGCGCGCGAUCGUGUCCGAGGCGUCCUGCGGCUGCACGGAGCCCGGCGCGAGUUCUUACCUGCAGCCGGGCAUGGUCGCACCUGAGCCCGCCUUCAAGGUGCCCGGCAGGGCGCGGGACUUCCACAUAGACUCCCUGCUGUCCUGAGACCCCCUGACCCCCCAAUCCUCAGACAUCCAGGCUGCUGAUCUCAGACCCGUGAUGUCCUCAGACCCCCGGACUGGUGUGGCACGCGCGUGUUUUGUGCACUUUUCCUCGUUUCUCUGUGGCUCUGAGCUUAAAGUGGGAAAAACAAACAUUCAGAAAAACCAUAUUAAUGUGCAUUCCUGUGUGUGUGUGUGUGUGUGUGUGUGUGUGUG